CGUAACGCGAGGCGAGUUUGGGUUCGGCCGCGAGUUCGAUCCGGUUCGACUCAGCUUGAAACGACGAGUCGGCCACGAGGGACCAGCUCCCCCCUUGGGUACCACCGGAGGAAAGCCGAGAGCAGCCAAGAGAGGACGGAGCGACGAACGGAAGCGAAGGGCUUGUUUCCAUCGCUCCGUCGGUGGAUCGCAAGCCAACCGGCUCGAUCGAUCGCCGCGGCGGAGAUUAGGGGGGUCGCGUGGACAGAGAGGGCGUCCUAGGGCUCGAUCGCGGGCGGCGAUGGAGAGGAGAGAAGAAGAAGAUGAUGAGGAGCAGCAGCACCAGCAGCAGGAGGCGCGAGCCGGCGCUGGAGGGAAGAUGACUCGGCGACCGUUCCGGCUGAGGGCGCCGCAAACGCCGUACGAUCGCCCGCCGGCUGCUGGGGGGAAGGAGCGGCGGGAGGGGGACGGCUGGGUCUCCAAGAUCCUCGUUCGGCCUGCUUCUACGAUAAUCCCUUCCCUCUUCUCCCCCUCCCCGUCCGCCGCCUCCAAUCAAGACUACCCCCCGCUCUCCGAAUCCUUCCCCGGAACCAGGCAAGAUGAUGCUGAUAGGGUUUCCUCUCCUGAUAACCAAGUACUACAGGCAAAGGAUCGAGGUGUUUUUGAUGAAAAAUCCCAGCCUUUUGGUGAUCCAGAGGUCCAUCAGCUUUCAGGCGAUGAAGCCAGAAAUGUGUGUGAUAGUGGUGGGAUUGCUGAAGUUGAACAAUGGCUUAAGCAGAAAACAUUUUCUAGGCAAGUAAAUACAGUACUUCACAACUGUGAUUCAUUGUGUUGUUGGUUCCAGAAGUGAAAAACAAUUGUUCGUAUAUUUUUUCAGCAAGCUACAUAGUGAAAACUAAGAAGUGAACCAUGGCCUUAGUUGUGUGAUGUGUCUCCACACUCCAAUAAGGAUCAAUUUUAUUAUAGUUAACCAAACAACAUUUCCUUAUGUUUUAGCCAAGGUUUCACGCACCAUAUCGAUCAAUAUUUACUGGUUCCAGGUAAUAUUUUUAUUAUUGUCCAAUGCUGGACAAACUGUUUUAUUCUUUUCGGAUUUAAUUGACCAAUACAGGUUAGUAUACCACUCGAUACACCAAUAGCAUUCUGAUCAGGUAUAUUACCAAAAUCGGUAUUAGUUUAAGAUUAUAGACUUUGGUUUUAUUCAAAGAUAGGUUGUAAGAGAUCUCAGGAACACAAGCUUGGUUACAAUGCGAUUCGUUUAGGAGAUACCAGAGCAUCAACAACAACAGCAUCAUAAGUCCCGCCAGUUUUAGACCAGGUCCAAGUGUAGCCCUGCAAAGCUGUUGAGGCCCAUACAGCAUCUAAUAAGGUCACAUGACCCUGUUUUGAACAGGAAAAAGUUAACUAUUGCCAAGCAGACAGGCGUUCAGUCCUAGCUGAACAAGGGAAGAAGGCUUGGCUCCAAUUCUUUCCGCUUAUACCGUGAGCUGAUCAGGGGGGCUGUUAGCUUACCAACCUUUUCUGAUCCAGAAAGGUACCUGACCCCUAUCUGUAGCGGGAAAAGGUGAUGAAAGAUGCUCCCAUCCAUGUAGGGCUGUUGGCCAGCCCAGCUUACCAAAAAGGGCCACUUGGCAAGGUUUGAACAUGGAGGAAUUAGGUAAUAGGUACCAUAGUGAUAUGGGUUCUAUGAGCCUAUGAACAAUGGAUGUAGACCAUAAACACUCUACCAUAACUAGAGAAGCUCCAUUUAGGGGUUCUUCUAUAGUCGUCCUUUUUCCUGUAUAAAUGUCUCAUGUGGAAGGUGCAAGUCAGUAGUUGUAGUAGUUUGCAUUUGAUGCUUAUCUUAUGGUAAUCUAAAAGAUUCUUUUUGUGUUGAAUUGAUUAUAUGUACUGUGCCAGUGUGCCCUAAAUUUGGUUUUCUCCCAAUUAAUAAACACUUGUUGCUGCCUUAUUGUGGAGCAAACAUGUUUUAUAGCAGCUGGGUGGAUGUAAUUGUUAUUCUAAUGCUUAGAAUGUUAAUUCCUUAUCUGAAGGUUGCCUUAUUUAGUCUGCAUCAGAAUUUUCAGAUCAGAUGUGAGAAUACAGCAAGCAUCAGAUCUUGUAUUACAGUAUUGGAAACACUCAUCUAGAGCAGUCUGUUCACUUUUUAAAAAUCCUGCCACCAGAAAAUCUAUUACCAGACAGAAUUUGUUGUCUCAUGUAUUCUAAUUAAUCUUAACUUGGAAUCUAUGAUCAGUACCUGGUUGGCAAUUGUUGGUGCAUACAAUAUAGUCAAGGUGAUUAGCAUGUUAAACCUCUUGUUCCUGUGCAGAGAGCAGUCCAACUGUUUAAUGAAGUUACUGUUGUCAAGGACUAGAGAUCUUUCCCAUGAUGAUCGACCAGCUGCAGGUUUUGUUACAAAAACUGAUGGCACAUUGAACCUAAAGGCUCCAAGGAAAUCUGCACAGUCUGCUGUGCUGCCUGAGCAGCGGAUAACACCAAAGCCUCGGGAAGCUUCUGAAAUGAGAGUAGCACAUGAUGUUGGUUCUUCACCAGUUGAAAUUGCCAAAGCCUACAUGGAAGCUCUAGCAAAUGAAUCUAACCACAACUCUCAUGAUGGAAGAUUAGAGCUUGAGAAAGCAACGUUUGACAAUUGUGCGUCUGCAUCAGACAUGUCCUACUCAUCAGAUGUAAAGUUGCCUAUAUGUUGGCCAGGAGCAUUUGUGGAGAGCAGUUAUCGUUAUCGUACUCCUCAAACUCGUAGGACAAAGGUUGAGCCAUACAAAUUUCAAAGGACUCCUUACUAUGGUUCAAUUUUCUCAAGAUCGAAGUUUCAAGCUGGUGAUCAGAGUCCACAAAUUGUUCCAUUGUCUAGGUGGAAAAGAUCUACUACUUUUGGUGGUGUAAUGGUUCCUGAGAAGUAUAAUGAAUCAACUCCUUCCAAAGAAUUUGGUACUUCAAAUCUUGCUAAUUUUUGCUUAAUGUCGUCAGCAACUUCAAAUGAUAAGAACUUGCCAUCCCCUUUGGGGAUGACAUCUGAGAAAGAUUCAUUGGCAUCUAGCUUGAACUUCCAGACUGCUGAAGGUUCCAAAUACAAUAUUGGUCCUUCAUCUGUUCAUCCAAAAUCCAGUCAAAUGGCUCGGAAAAUAUUAGAGCACCUUGAUAGAACAGUUCCUCCGCCCAAAGAUAAAAUGGUACAGUUGAAGCUGGAAAAAACAGGGACCAAAGAUUUCUUGAACACUGCUUGUUUAGCUAUGGAUGGGCGUGAGAAGAGACCUGAUGUGAGUAUCAUUGCUGACAAGCCAAACUCACUCAGUAUGGAUACUGCUGCUGCAGAAGAGGCUACAACCAGGCUAAUAAUGGACAAUAAUCAUGAUGAGAGACCAUCCAUUAGUCCGAAUAGCACCAAUCAGAGCAUAUUGAGGGCCAUGGAGAAAACUUCUGAAGGCUUCGCGUUCACAUUUCCUGUUUCCACUCCGAUAAAUGCUCCUUCCCAAGCACCACCAACGCCUACCAUGACCUCAUCGCCAGCAGUUUGCAGAAUGCUUAGCAACACUGAAGAUACCAUUCCAUCAUUUACCUUUAGCUCACCUAGAGCAGACAACGGCCUUGUUUUCUCCUUCGGAUCCAUUUCAAGCCGGACUUUGACGGACACUACCACCCUGCAAUUUAAGUUUGGAUCUGAAAAGCAGCGAAACUUAUCUUUCAGUUCUACCAGCAAAGAUACCUUUGGGCUUUGGGUUGGUAGUUGAUGGUUUUCUCUUCGAGUAGGUAUUAUGGUUAGGAUAGGUUGUCGAUAUCCAUACAGCAUGUUGUAACUACAGUUAAUUGGUUCUAAGCGGACCAUGGAGUCUGCUUCGUCGAGCUACAAAUUGAGAAAACAUCAUGUCCCUUUUUUCUCAAAAGACUGUUAAAGAUGAUGUUUUCCAAAGUUGGAACACAAAUUGUUGUGGUACGUAUGAACUGUGAGUUGGUGAUUA